AGUUAUGCGACCAUGAAGGUCAAAAUCAUCCCGGUGCUUGAGGACAACUAUGAUCAUCAACAACGCAGACAGGAGGCAGUGGCAGUGGAUGUGGCUGUACCCAAGAGGAUGAGGCUGCUAGAGAUCAUGGGCUGGGAAGGGGUGUCUCUGACCACUGUGUUGACCACCCACCACCACUGGUGAGGACCACACAUGCGGGGAAACGUGGAGCUGGCAUGGCUGCAGCUGGGUCUGGCAGUGAUGAGGGCCGAUAAACGCAUUUGUGCACUGACACGCAGGCUAGUGCAUGAGCAGGAGCUGCAGUUUGGGGCCAUCCACGUGUGCUGCCUCCUGACGCCUGGUCACACCUUCAGCCACAUGAGCUACUUCCUGUGGGAGGAAGAAUGCCUGGACCCACCUGCCCUUUUCUCAGGGGACACAUUGUUGGUGGCUGGGUGUGGCUGGUGCCUGGAGGGCACCACUCUGCAGACGUACCAGAGCCUGGCUGAGACCCUGGGCACCCUGCCCCCAAGAUGAACUUGCCUCCUCCAGAAGGUAUUCUGUGGCCAUGAGCACACACUGAGCAAUCUUGAGUUUGCACAGAAAGUGGAGCCCUGCAAUGAGAGAGCCAAGCUGUGUUGGACCAAGAAAAGGGAUGAAGAUAAUGUGCCCAUAGUACCAUCCAUUCUGGGUGAGGAGCUGCUCUACAACCCUUUCCUCAGGGUGGCAGAGGAGCCAGUGCAAAAGCUCACAGGCAAGGUGGCCCUGGCCGAAGUCCUGAAGGCUCUCUGCAGGGAGCGGGAGCACUAUGAGUGGGCAGCUGAGCCACUGUGGCCACAGGCACAGGGUCUCCCUGCACUGCAGUGGGGACUCUUACGCACAGCCCAGCAGAAGUGAGCCACAUAUGGAGCCUUAGGGGGCCAAUGUCCAUCUAUAUCCCUCCUGUGACCCCUAGCUGACUGGACCUCUGAGAGGGCUGCCUCUGGAACAUUAAGGCUCUGACCAGCUGGCAGCUCAGCCUUGA